CAAAUUAAAAAAAAAAAAAAAGGGAAGCGGAUGGCGGUCCACGCUGGUUUUCUUCUGGCCAUCUGCGACGGUCACGUCGACUGAUGAAGGGAGGCGAUCCUCAUUCCUCCUCGCCUUGCUGCAGACUACAUCGCUUGGUUAUUCAAGAACCCUAGGUCAGCUCGCGAGGGUUAUAAGUGUGCGAGUGUGGCAAUUCAUUUGCAUGGUAAUAUAUGACAUAUUCUGGGAAAUGGAUUGUUACGUAUACAAAGCACCUGAAGCAGAAGAGAAAAACUUACCACGAUGGCAUACUACAGAUUAGCGAUUCAGGCGACAAGGUUUUGUUAUAUGAUGAUUGUGAAAAGCUCAUAGAUAGUCGGUUCCUGAAGAAAGGUGAGAUGAUUGAAAGUGGUGGAACUUUGACCUUUGAAGCCCACCUUGUUGACAUUGGAAGCCUUGAAGGGGACAAAGUUCCUAUUACAAAGGAAAAUGUCAUUAUCAGCUUGAAGUUAGAUAAGAAGGCUCAGGCCUUGCAACAAAAGGAGAAUGAGAAAGGAGGGAUUGGUAAAAUGCCACUUAAAUUUCUAAAUAGGAUGAACUGCAGAAACAGAGCACCCUUAUCUUUGGAAAUGAAAAAAGUCAAAUUCACAAGUAUACCGCAUAACAGUUUGAGUGCUACAAGCAGCAGCAAAACAAAGGCAACCAAGAGUGAACUUGAUAACUUGAAAAUAAUGCAACCUCAAUAUGCUGUCCAAAGUAAACCAAAAGAGUGGAAUGUUUUAUACACUACUCAGAUAACACAGAAGGCAAAGAAGUAUCAUGAUGGCAUAUUGCGACUUUUAUCACGUGGAUCACACAUGACUCAGGUUAUGUUGCUGAGUGAAGAUGGUUCAGUACUGAGUAGCAAAUACCUUGAGACCGUGGAAUGUGUUAAAACUGGAAAUAAGCUCCAAUUGCCCAACCAUCUUGUUGAAAUUUUUGACAUGCGGACUAGUUUUGCAGAGCAUCUACCAAAAGUACAAUCAACAGUGCUUGAGAACUCGAGUUGUUCAAGCAACAUCGAGUCAAGUAUGAAGCCUCAGUCGAAAAAUGUAGGUGCUUCUUACAGCUAUGAUUCUGCCAAAUUCAGAGAUUGUAGCCAACUACAAAGCAGUGAGACAUUAUAUGAUGAAAACAUAUGUAAGACUUGUACACAACAAGUAAUCAGUUCUUGCAGUUCUUGUUCUACCAAAGAUGCUGAACCUACUCUACAGAGUAACAAACCAGUGCGCAAUGCGCUCCAAAUUCUUCACAAUCUUAAGAAGCCAUUACCGGAUGACGAAAACAGUCUGAUCAAUAAUCCAAUGGUGCAAACUAAUGGGUUCCCUUCUGAGAAUGCAAGAAAGCACAUCAGGAAUCUUAGUUUACAAGGGGGUGAUAGCAGCGAGGUUGACUCUACUGAAUAUGCUACACAAACUUCAUUGUCAAAAACUCCAGAUACAAAAUCAACACUAUCACAAAAUAUUGAGGGGCUAUCAGCAGUAAAAUGUUCUUCUGGCAUUCAGGCCGUAAGGGAGCCAUCUGAUUUAGUGAACGAGAUGCUGCCUGUUCAAAAGGACUGUCUGCCAAAUCAAAAUGAAAACAUUGCUGAUAUUUCAGAUAAAUUUCUAGAGAAUAAUAAUUCUGAUACUGAAAGGACUUGUGCUAUGACUUGGAAUGCUUCUGAGAUUAGAGAUCAAUCCUGUUGCCAGCUGUUGAAAGAGGAGGAUAUUAAACAAGAUGGGAAAAUGGGAACCAACCAAAUUUUGGAUGCAUCGACUAUGAUAUCCGACAAACUUCAUAGUGGGAGUUCAUCCAUUAAAGAUCUACUUGGGGAUGAUUUGCCUACGUUUGAUUUGGGCUUCUGAAUCCAAUUCAAAUAUUUCUUUAGAGUUCAUUGUGGUGUAUGUAUGUGCUUCCUCUAAUAUGCUUGCUUUAUUAUGAUUGCAUUAGCUGGAAAGAUCUUGGCUUUUGCUGCAAAGUUAAAGAUUUUUAGAAAAAAUAAUAUGUUUUGUGAUGCAUUUUCGGAUUUUAUGCUCAA